AACGCAACGUAUCAUGCGACCUACUCCUCGAGGCCACCGACCUGGGAAGAGUGAUUGAGUGAACCGAUAUUUUCGAAGCUAAGAGAAUGAACAAUCUGGAAGACCAAGCCAAGAUAGAUAACGCAACAGCACAACAGGUGGCGCAAUCUGACAUGGCAGCAGCAUCCGCCGCGAUGGACGGCGUGGCAGCAGCGGCUCUCCGCUCCGUGCUACAGCGUGUCCAGCAGGCAGCGGAGCGGGCUGGGCGCGGCUCCCAGCAUAUCCGAGUAGUAGCCGUGAGUAAGACCAAACCGGUGUCUGUCAUCCGUCAAGUCUACGACGCUGGUCACCGGUGUUUCGGCGAAAACUACGUCCAAGAAAUCGUUGAAAAAGCUCCUCAGCUUCCGGAGGACAUAGAGUGGCAUUUCAUUGGGAAUUUACAGAGCAAUAAAGCGAAACCUCUACUUGCUGGUGUACCAAACCUUGCAAUGGUAGAAAGUGUAGAUGAUGAGAAGAUUGCCAAUCAUCUUAAUCGAGCGGUUGGAAAUUUGGGCAGGAAACGUUUGAAGGUCUUAAUCCAAGUGAAUACCAGUGGUGAAGAAUCAAAAUCUGGAGUUGAACCUUCAGCGUGUGUUGAACUUGCAAAACAUGUGAAUCAGAACUGCCCCAACCUUGAGUUUUGUGGCCUAAUGACAAUAGGAAUGCUUGACUAUUCAUCAACCCCAGAAAACUUCAAGACAUUAACAAAUUGCAGAAGUGAGGUUUGCAAAGCACUUGGUAUACCAGAAGAACAAUGUGAACUCUCAAUGGGCAUGUCUAAUGACUUUGAGCAAGCUAUUGAAAUGGGAAGUACGAAUGUGAGGAUUGGAUCUACUAUAUUUGGGCCUAGAGAAUACCAGAAGAAAUAGAACAAGGCUGUCUUUUGCUUGCUUCAUUCACAGGGAAGAUCCUGGGUAUUAUCAAUCUGUAUUUCUGGGAAACAUCUACCCUGCAUUGUUGAUCUGUAAUGUCCAGAACUGUUUUAGAAGGAAAAUUGAAGAGCAAAAUAAUAACUCCCUUUACUUGAAUGUUCAAUAUAUCAUUAUCAUACAUGAAAUGUUCUUGAA